GGCGUGAAUGGCAAAUAACAAAGAAGUUGCGCAUUAAAAACGGCGCUUCGCAAAUUGUAAACAAACUGUCCAGUGUACUGUUUGUUAAUCAAUAGCUAAACAUUGCUGUAGUCGCAUUAUGAGCAGCAACAAAACGGGCGUGGUGCUGAAUUGUCGCACAUGCACGCGGGCUUGUAAACAAUACAAAUCGCUGCAGGAGGAGUUUGAAAUUGGGCCCGAAGGCAGUACCACUCUGGCCAGUAUGCUGAACUACUGUUGUAGUUUAUCAUUUGAGCCGCAGGACGGUGCAUUAAUGCCGCAGCAUAUAUGCAUAAACUGCCUACAAAUGCUGGAGCAGGCGUUCAACUUUAAGCGCAUGGUCAUCGACUCUGACGAGCUGCUGCGGCUGGGCCUAGAAGACGUAGAGCCAGUCGCAACUGACAGCCCUACUGUCAACCAGGAGUUUGUCAUGAUUGAGUUGCUUAACGAGAAGGUUGGCCUCAAAGCAGAAAACGGCAUAGACAAUAUAACUGCUCUGGCAGAAACCUACAAUGAGCCUGAGCCGGAACCGGAGCCAGAGACUUUGGUAACCGAUGUAGAUGAUUUGGUUUUUGAAGAGACGGAACUAGAUACGGAAACCGAGGACGCGCUCGAGGUGUUAAAUGGCUAUCAACCUGCUGACAUAGAAUAUGUAACUAUUAAAAGCGAAUACAGCACGCAGGCCCAGGAAGAAGAUGAUGAUAUUGAAGUAAUGGAUGCGCCACAUUUAGAAGCUAUAAGUGAUCAAAUGCAAAUACAAAUGAUUGACGAUCAAAUGGUUAUUAUGUCAGGCGACGAGGUGCUGGAUGACGUAAGCGGCGACAUGGAGGGUGAUGAGCUGCUAGUUAUGGAACCCGAAGAGCACUUGAUGCAAGGUGAAAGCGAGGAAGGUGAGGAUUAUUUGGAUAACGGUUCGCUAGAUGAUAGCGUCUCUACUCAGCAAACAUCCACAGGCACCGAAGUGCUGCCGCAUGUUUGCCAUAUAUGCAAGAAAGCCUUCCGCCAGCAGUGUCGUCUCAAUCAGCAUAUGCGCUCCCAUGUGGACAUUAAGCUCUACGGCUGUGAAGUCUGCGGCAAGAAGUUAAAGCACUUGCGCAACUACAAGGAGCACAUGCUGACGCAUACAAAUGAAAAGCCACACCAGUGCAACAUCUGCACACGUUUCUAUCGCACCACGUCUAGCCUGGCGGCACACAUGCGCACCCAUGCUGAGGACAAGCCCCACAAGUGCGAUCAGUGUGGUCGCAGCUAUGCCGCCUUCGAUCAUCUGCGGAGGCACAAGCUCACACAUACCGGCGAGCGUCCUUACGCUUGUGAUCUCUGCGACAAGGCUUACUAUGAUUCAUCCUCGCUGCGUCAGCAUAAAAUAAGUCACACUGGCGAAAAGGCGUUCACCUGCGAAAUUUGCGGAGUGGGUCUAUCCCAAAAGUCCGGCUACAAGAAGCACAUGCUGGUUCAUUCGGGCGAGAAGCCACACAAGUGCCACAUUUGCGGACGCGCCUUUACCUUUACCAGCAAUCUAAAUGCGCAUGUGCGUUUGCAUUCCGGCGAAAAGCCCUUCAAAUGCGAUAAGUGCAUGAAAGCAUUUCCCACCAAAAAGCGACUCAAUAGCCAUCUGCGUGUGCACAACAAAGAGGCGCCCGUCACCUCCACCACAACUAGCAGCAUCAGCAGCAGCAGCUCUAUGGAACGCUUAACAGCUACACGGCGUGUCGGCCUGCGCCUGCCUGACGUCAAUGACCACCAGGUAUCGACCUCCAGGGUUGUGGUGGUUCUCUAGCUACGCUAAUUAUUUAGUUCUUUAUAAAUUGUUAUCCAUCGGCAGGCUAGACCUUUUCUAAUUGGUUUUAGUCUUGGCAAAGGUGCACCAUUUUCUAUUCAAUGUUAAGAUGAAAAAUUUAUUGAGUG